GACAAAUCAGUUUGCACAUUCUUAAACACCCACUUAAGCAUUCUGAUAAAAGUAAUUCCGCUAAUCCCACAAGUUUAAAACAAGCAAUUUUAAAUGAUCUUCAAAGGCAUGGAAAUUCCAAGUGCAUGACUACAGAAAAGACUUAUUGGCCCAU